CCUCCGCAAGCUCUCUCCACCAAGCAAUGCGCUGAUCGCUCUGAACAUAACCGCGAAAUGUGCGGCCGCUACGUACUGGCCUUGCGGCCCUCCGAGGUGCGGCAACAGCUCGAGCAGUCGCAGAUGCCGGUAGAGGAGGCUCCCGACGACGACAGCGUGCGCCAAAGCUACAAUUUCGCACCUGGCUAUCACGGCUUAGUGUACCGAGCAGACGGUCCCGACUACGGCGGCAGCAGGGUGGAGGAUAAGCAAGAGGGCGACAACCAAGAGCAGGGCAAGACGGAAAAGGCGACAGUCGUACCCGCGGAUGGGCGCGUAGACCACACAAAGUACAAGCUACAGGCGAUGAAAUGGGGCUUGGUUCCGUUCUGGACGAAGCGCAAUCCCGACUACGGUUCGAUGCUGAAGACAAUCAAUUGCCGUGACGACUCGCUGUGCGAGGACCGCGGGAUGUGGACAAGCAUGAAGAAGAAAAAGCGGUGCAUAGUGGUUGCACAGGGCUUCUACGAAUGGCUAAAGAAGAAGAACGGCAAGGAGAAGAUCCCGCACUUUACCAAGCGCAAGGAUGGGCAACUAAUGUGCUUCGCCGGACUGUGGGACUGCGUCCGGUAUGAGGAUUCCGACGAAAAGCUGUAUACCUAUACCGUCAUCACCACCGACUCGAACAAGCAGCUUAAGUUCUUGCACGACCGCAUGCCGGUCAUCCUCGAGAACGGUUCCGAGGCAAUCAGGACGUGGCUAGACCCCAAUCGAACCGAGUGGAGUAAGGACCUGCAGUCGCUCCUGAAGCCAUUUGAAGGCGAGCUGGAGUGCUUCCCUGUGAGCAAAGAGGUGGGCAAGGUCGGCAACAACUCGCCAUCCUUCGUCGUGCCCAUCAACAGCGCGGAGAACAAGAACAACAUCGCCAACUUCUUCGGAAACCAACGAAAAGCUGCCAAGGCAAAGAAGGAUGAGGAAGCUAUCGGGAAAACCGAGCAUGAGCUUGGCGAGUCAAUGACCAAGAAGGGAAUCAAGGUGGAGCACGGCGUCAAUGAAGCUCGUGGAACAACGAACCGCGUGGAAGGUAGCGAAGAUAAUGCUCCAUUGCCUGUUCCAGCAACAUUGCGCUCAUCACCCGGAGAAGUCUCCAAAGACCUCAAACGAGAGCGCAGCGAAGGAGACGACGAUGAUGGUGACACAGCAGCCGGUGCUCCCCAACAGAAGCGGAGGAUGUCCACCUUGGCUGCUCCGGCAUCCAGCCAAUCCCCCAAAAAGAGCGCUGCAAAGCCGGCUGCAAAGAAGGGUACCAGAAGCGCCACGAGUAACGGUAGUGCAGCAAAGACAAGCCCGUCCAAGGGCGACGGGAGCCGGAAGAUCACCUCGUUCUUCAGCAACAAGUGAGGCCGGCAGUUAUAUCGACACCACAUGGCCGGGCUCGGGGACGGCGACGGCGGCCGGGGCGUUGCGGGAACCGCCUCUCGUCCGGGCCGGUUCAUUAUGCAGCGCCCGAGGUUUUACGGGCGGGAGCAAGACGGGCGGUGAGGCCGAUGAGGUUCUUUUGGGAAUGCGGCGCAAUAGUGAUGGGAUUACGGGGCGCAUACGAUAGCCGGUAUGUGAUUCGCAUGGGAAGCGGCGGGUGACUGGCGGGCAAUGCGUGUCAUGGUAAGGGAUUUCUUCCGUGGGCGCGCAGCGUAUCAUCUGGCGGCGUUUGCUCCGGGGUGCGGGUGGUUGAGCGUCGCCUAUUCGGCCUGCUCGGGAGGGGAUUUCCCUGCGGCGGGCUGCAUCACAUCGCGACUCUAAUGUGCCAUGCGGUUCC